AUUCAAAAGGUGGACAUUUACUCCAUAGUCACCACUAAUCAAUAGCUUAUUACAUUAGUACGUUCAGUAAGCAAUUAUGAUUGGCCGAUAAAUGAGCAACAUCUUGAUUUUAGUCAUCAUUAUAUAAGUAUGAACAUCACUUAAAAGGCUGUUGGAGACGAUUUGUAACCAGAUUUUUUUAUAAGCGCAUGGGUCAGCUGACAAGAGUGGGUGACUAACAUUUCCGUAGACUAAUGUUUUGGGCGACUGCCCCUUUAAAAAACGGAACUAAGCCGUGGCUCGUGACGUUGGUAUUUUUUUUUUCUUUCAGCCCUGCGCUGAGAAACUGGGCAGGAAACGCCAGACAGAGUGAACUGAUCCAACGCGGUGGCCCAAUACUAACAGCAGAAGAUGUACUACACGGUUAUAUAUUAAUGUUCAAUAACGGCCACUCGCUUCAGCUUCUUAGCAGUAUAUUUGGAAGCGACCUGCGAAAGCUUUUUAGCCGAAAGAUUGUACAACUCCCACCCUGGUAGGAGGUCUGCCUGUCUGCGGUCUGAAAACAUCGGGCCGGCCAGCAGGCGGGUAGAGCAUUUGCGGAGUGGGGCUAUCUGCUUUCUGAAGCCAUGAGGGAGUAUAAAGUGGUCGUAUUGGGCUCGGGCGGAGUAGGAAAAUCUGCACUGACUGUCCAGUUUGUUACUGGAUCCUUUAUUGAGAAAUACGACCCCACAAUCGAGGAUUUUUACCGAAAGGAAAUUGAGGUGGACUCGUCCCCCUCUGUUCUGGAGAUACUGGACACAGCGGGGACCGAACAGUUCGCCUCCAUGCGAGACCUGUACAUCAAAAACGGUCAGGGAUUUAUUCUAGUCUACAGUCUGGUCAACCAGCAGAGCUUCCAAGACGUCAAGGCGUUGAGAGAUCAAAUCAUCCGCGUGAAAAGGUAUGAGCGAGUGCCCAUGGUAUUGGUUGGAAACAAGGUGGACUUGCAAGGCGAAAGAGAGGUCUCUUCCGGGGAAGGCAAGGCGCUGGCUCAGGAGUGGAAUUGCCCGUUUAUGGAAACUUCUGCCAAAAAUAAAGGGUUGGUUGACGAACUCUUCGCAGAAAUCGUGAGACAGAUGAACUAUUCCUCUUUACCCAGCGGUGGAGAUCGCUGUUGUUCUUGUGUUGUUCUUUAAGAAAACAUGUUUAGGUUUGCAAAUGUGACGCUGAUGUGAAAAUCGUCUAACAAGACCAGUUUUGAUAACUUGUUCAUUACAAAAUGAUACGGCCUCGUUUUGUGACCGUCAGUAUUCAAAUGCUGCCCACUGUUGUAUUACUGCACACACCAUAGACGAUGCCAAUAAUCGAUAUCGAAAUACCCUAAAGAGUUUACAUUACAAAGUACUUGAAUGUUUGUGUUUUUUUUUAUCACACAGCUUUGUAAGUGACACUUUUUUGGAAACAUGCCUCAAUGGGAAUGUCUUAUUGUAAAACCUAAGAGAGACACUUUAACUUUUGCAUUGUUUUGUUAUGAAAUUGUUUGGUGGGUUUGGAUUACUUAGGCUACUAUUUGUACUUUUACACGUCUUUUGGGCGGGUCGUUCAGGCUUUGAUAGGGGGUUGGAGGACUCUUCCCUAUACUGAACAACGAUUGGACACUUUCUGGAGAUCCUGCUGGGCUCUAGGAAAAUUUGCCCACCAACAUUGGAAACUCCCUGCAAAAGCUCAUGUUUUAAUUUCUACAAUGUCAAACUCCUAACUCCUGUCAGGGUACAUGCACUGGUCACUAUAACUAAUCUAAACCCAAGCGUCUGGUUGAAAUACAUUUAACCAUAACAGUGAACAUCAAACCAUUGUACAUUACACACCAAGACGUUGUCGAGCCAUCGGGCUGUUGUGGAUUGUUUCUUUUUUUUUUGUGUUCCUUCUGGGCUCGGUGACGUUGGAUUGAAUUCAGAACUUCCCCUGCCAGUGUCAGUCUUCAAUGGGCGCUAAAAACGGCCUUACUGACGUGACACGGGUCAACUGGACCUCACGUCAAGUGCCUUGCUACAUGUGCCAAUCAAGAAGAUCUCAAUCACAACCGAACUUGGUGUCAUUUGGGUUUAUAGUGAAAGAGGGUGACUUCCUUUAUAUCUUUUUCAAUGAGGAAGCUGAAGGCUAGACAGACUAACUAUUAUUUCAGGACAAUGUUUGGCUUAUUUGUUCCCCCUUACUGGUACUGUUUCAAUGAUAAUAUGUACCCAAACAGUAUGUUGUGGGUCCAAUGAAAAGUAAGCCAUGUUUUUUUUUAAAUCUUUUUUUACAUAAUGGUUUCUUUUUAAAUGUGAAUUACUGAGAGAAUUGUAAUUUUGACCUUUGACAAGCCUUUCAAUACUCACCUGUCUGGAUUAAACAACUUUUAAUACAAAAUGCAUUUUAUGUUAA